CCAGUUUGUGGCAGAGAUGAAGUCCAGUACUUUUCUCCCUGUUUCGCAGGAUGUGCAUCACAGCUUUUUAACAACGUGAAAAAGAUGUACCACAACUGUUCCUGUAUUGGGAAACCAAAAAGAGAAAAUGGUUCGGAAGACUUUCUUUAUGAAGCCGUCCCUGGGAAAUGUCCAACACAAUGCAAAUUUUUACCUUUAUUCCUGACCUUCUUCUUUUUUGCUGUUGUUUUUACAUUUAUGGCUGUUACUCCAACAACUGUGGCCAUUCUCAGGUGUGUGCCAGAUAAACAGCGCUCAUUUGCUCUUGGAGUACAGUCAGUGUUUCUACGACUACUGGGUACUAUUCCUGGACCAAUUUUGUUUGGUAUUGCUAUAGACAACAGUUGUACUCUGUGGGAUAUUAAUGAGUGUAAAACUAAAGGAGCCUGUUGGGUUUAUGACAAUGAAAGAAUGGCUUAUCUGCUGAUGGGCAUAA